CAUCUACGAAGUAUCCUUUUACAAAUAAGGUAUCCGACUUCACCACCAUGUCUAAUUCUAUAGUGGGUGAAGUUUAUCAGCAUGUCAUUCUUGAUGUAAUUGCAAAUUCAAGAACAGAUUUUGAGGAAAAUGGUGUCGAUGAAGCCACGCUUCAGGAAUUGCAAAAUUUAUGGCAAGGAAAACUAGUAGCCACGAAUGUCGCUACUUUUCCAUGGGCUCAAGCCCCCGUUGGAGCAUUUCCUAUUGGUCAACUAUUUGACCCUGUCAGCGGAUUACGGACUGAUUCUUUGGACGUUGCUGCUGCUGCUGCCGGCGCAACAAACUCACCUAUUUUAAAUAAUAUAGCAGCUAUACGGGCGGUUCAGCAAAUGGAUUCUUUAGCUCAGCAACACGGUGGUUCUGGUUUUUACCCUUCUCCUACUUCGUCAAGUCUAAAUCAAACAAAUCAACCAGAUACUUCCGCUGAAGGGUCAUCGCUUUCUGAUCUUCCGAAUAAUAUGAGUGCUCCAUUUACCUCUUUUAACAAAAGUACCUCUUUACAAUUACCAUCCAAUCCAAAUCCCGAAAGCUCUCCUAAUUUGUCCGCGAGUGUUGUUUCGCCUCCUUCUGAUAGAGGGAUUCCUUUAGAUUCAAAUUCAUCUAAUAAUAACGCCUUUGGCGGGCUUUUAUUGCCUAACCAAAACGCGGUAAAAAACGAACCGACUGAGGCGUCACAGUUGCAGCAAGCUUCAGAAAGCCGUGAAAAUAAAGAUAUACCACAGUCGGACGGUACCAUAUUAGAGGACGAUGUGGAGUCAACAGUAUCCAAAAAGGACAAGUAUGGGUUGGCUCAUUUCGCAGAUGAAAGGAUUAGGGAGAUGCUUGCAAAUAAUCGGGUAUUACAGAUAGAUGGUACUUUUGAUGAUAAUGAAGAUGAUAAAAAACCAAGCCCUGGCACUCCUUCCGAUGAAGCCAUUAAUUCUGACCUUGAUGAUCCUGAUUCAGAGGAAGCUCCAGAAGCAGAAGAAGGAUCUGACAUAGGGCAAGCAAUAGUACUUUGUUUAUAUGAUAAGGUGAAUCAUCACAAAAACAAAUGGAAAUGCGUUUUUCGCGACGGUAUUGUCGGCGUGAAUGGAAAAGACUACUUAUUUUUUAAAGCUAAUGGAGAGUUUGAGUGGAUUUAAGCAUUUUUCGUUAGUCCUUAAACUAUGAUAUAUUUCUUGUUCGUGAUGCUUGUUUGAUUUUUGAAGUUGUCUAGCGUACUGUAUAUGAAAUUUGUGUCUAUGAAUUGCCUCAUAUUGCAUUUUAAAGGGUUUAUAAUAGAUGAGUUUUUUGUCAAUUAGAAGUUUAUAUAGGUUAAAUAUUAUCUUUGCAAAUUGAGAACUAGGC